UAAAACAGGAAGUGACUGGAAAAGGAUAUAUCCGAUCAGCAGCAUAAUGGAUCAACCAUUCGUCCUUAUUUUAACAACUCUGACUUUGGCUUUUUUUGUGCACGAGACACACCCCACGUCCAUCAACGGCACGAGCCACCAUGGACAUUCCGCGACCAAUGGGACUCCUACGUGUGGCGGGAGUACCGAGUGCAAGCCCGGCGUGAUACUUCCCGUAUGGAUGCCCGUGAACCCGCCGUUUGAAGACAUGUUGGCGCGCGCUAUCAUCUACUUCGUGGGGCUGAUGUACAUGUUCCUUGGAGUGUCCAUCAUCGCGGACCGCUUCAUGGCGUCCAUCGAGGUCAUCACCUCGCAAGAGAAAGAGAUCGUCAUCAAGAGACCGGACGGCGAGAUCACCACCACCACGGUUCGCAUCUGGAACGAGACGGUUUCGAACCUGACACUCAUGGCGCUGGGCUCGUCGGCGCCGGAGAUCCUGCUCUCGGUGGUGGAGGUGUGUGGCCACGGCUUCGACGCCGGCGAGCUGGGUCCCAACACCAUCGUGGGCAGCGCCGCCUUCAACAUGUUCGUCAUCAUCGGCCUGUGCGUCUCCGUCAUCCCCGAUGACGACCACCGCAAAGUCAAGCACCUGAGAGUGUUCUUCGUGACGGCGUUCUGGAGCGUGUUUGCGUACACCUGGCUGUACCUGAUCCUGGCGGUGAUCACGCCGGGCGAGGUGGAGGUGUGGGAGGGGCUUCUGACGCUGCUCUUCUUCCCCAUCUGCGUCCUGUUCGCCUGGGUGGCCGACCGCCGCCUACUCAUCUACAAGUACGUCCACAAGCGCUACCGCGUGGGCAAGCGGAAAGGGGUGAUCAUCGAGACCGAGGGCGAGCCAGACCGCCCCGCGAAAGCAGACAUGGAGAUGGACGGGCAGCAGAUGAUGUUGAACUCGCACGCGGACGAGUAUCUGGACGGACUUGAGGACCGAGAGGUGGACGAGGAGGACGUUCGGAUGGAGCUGGCCCGCAUACUGAAGGAGCUGAAGCAGAAGCACCCGGAGAAGGAGAUGGAGCAGCUCAUCGAGCUCGCCAACUACCAGUUCCUCAACCAGCAGCAGAAGAGUCGCGCCUUCUACCGUUGCCAGGCAACCAGGCUCAUGACCGGCGCCGGGAACAUCUUGAAGAAGCACGCGGCCGACCAGGCGAGGAAGGCCAUCGGCCUGCACGAGAUGCGCUCCGUGGUCUCCGACAACGAUCUGUUCUCCAAGAUCUUCUUCGACCCCUGCACCUACCAGUGUCUGGAGAACUGUGGCAAGGUGGCCAUGAAUAUCGUGCGGCGGGGCGGCGACUUGACGAGUACCGUCUCCGUGGACUACUUUACCGAAGACGGCACGGCCAACGCCGGCUCUGACUACCAAUGCACUCAAGGCACCGUCGUCUUCAAGCCCGGCGAGACGGAGAAGGAGAUCCAUAUUGAUAUCAUUGACGACGACAUCUUUGAAGAAGAUGAGCAUUUCUUCGUGCACCUCAGCAACGUGCGGGUGGCUUCGGUGAAUUCCGGGGCCAACCCCCCAGAGGUUCUAGCCUGCCUCGGUCUGCCCUCCACCGCUACCGUCACCAUAUUUGAUGACGACCACGCCGGCAUCUUCACGUUUGAGGACCCCCAGGUGACUAUUAGUGAGAGCGUGGGCAUGAUGGAGGUGAAGGUGGUGCGCUCCUCGGGGGCCCGCGGGGUCGUCGUGGUGCCCUAUAAGACAAUAGAGGGAACAGCCAAAGGGGGCGGCGAAGACUUCGAAGACACCCACGGAGUUCUGGAGUUCGAGAAUGACGAGAUUGUCAAAACUAUUCAGAUCAAUAUAAUCGACGAUGAGGAAUAUGAAAAGAACAAGAACCUUUUCCUGGAACUUGGGGAACCUCAGAUAGUCGAGAUGAGUGAGAAAAAAGCUAUUCUGCUACAUGAGGAUGGUGCCUUUGUGAAGACAGAUAAAAAGCUUUAUGGCAAAGACAUCUACCGGAAAGUUCAGGGUCGAGAUAACGCCGUCCGCUCCACUAUUGUCAACAUAGCAGACAUAAGAGACGACGGCAGUCUGACAAAGAAAGAAGAAGACGAGAGGAGAAUAGCGGAGUUGGGGAGGCCGAUGCUCGGUGAACACGUCAAAAUGGAAGUCAUCAUUGAGGAGUCCUAUGAGUUUAAGAGCACAGUAGAUAAACUGAUCAAGAAGACCAACCUGGCUCUGGUGGUCGGCACCAACAGCUGGAGAGAACAGUUUGUGGAGGCGAUUACUGUGAACGCUGGAGGUGAUGAUGACGACGAUGACGACGAUGGCGCCGGACAGAAGCUGCCGUCGUGUUUCGACUACGUCAUGCACUUCCUGACCAUCUUCUGGAAGGUGUUCUUCGCGCUGGUGCCCCCUACUGACAUCUGGAACGGCUGGGCCUGCUUCGUGGUCUCCAUCUCCAUGAUCGGCCUGCUGACCGCCGUCAUCGGGGACCUGGCCUCACACUUCGGAUGCACCGUGGGCCUCAAGGACUCCGUUACCGCCGUGGUGUUUGUAGCUCUGGGGACCUCGGUACCAGACACGUUUGCCAGCAAAGUGGCGGCCGUGCAGGACCAGUACGCGGACGCGUCCAUCGGCAACGUCACCGGUAGCAACGCGGUCAACGUCUUCCUGGGCAUCGGCGUGGCGUGGUCCAUCGCCGCCAUCUACCACACCAGCAAGGGCAAGAAGUUCCUGGUGGACCCGGGCACGCUGGCCUUCUCCGUCACGCUCUUCACCAUCUUCGCCUUCAUAGCCAUCGGCGUGCUCAUGUACCGCCGCCGGCCGUCCAUCGGGGGCGAGCUGGGGGGGCCGCGCAUCCCCAAGAUACUCACCACCACCCUGUUCUUCAGCCUCUGGCUCAUGUACAUCAUCUUCUCCUCUCUCGAGGCCUACUGCAUCGUCAAGGGCUUCUAAACACCAUAUUUAUACAGAAAUAUAGAAAUGCAUCAUCUUCUAAACAAGAUAUUUAUACAGAAAUAUAGAAAUAUGUCAUCUUCUCCUCCCUCGAGGCCUACUGCAUCGUCAAGGGCUUCUAGAGGCAGUAUCAUAUAGGCUACAACAGAGGUUCCCAACCUUUUUCAACUUGGGGCCCACUCAAAAUUGUCAAAAAUAUUCGGGGCCCACCUCUGACCCAAUUAAGAAUAAAACUCAAAUAAAUCAACAACAACACACACCAAAAUAUGAUUAUUAUUUUUGGAAAAUGAUUUCAAGGCCCACUUGGAAUACCUUCAGGGCCCACCAGUGGGCCCCGGCCCAUAGGUUGGGAAUCACGGGGCUACAAGAUAUUUAUACAAUAUAGAAAUACGGGAAGUGUGUGUAGCAGGGGUGAUGUGGAUGAAAUACGUCGUCUUCUCCUCUCUGGAAGACUACUGCUUCACCUCUAAGAGUGUAUCAUCAUACCGGUGUGACAGGAAUGUUCGGGCAGUGAAAGUUCUAUAGAAUUUUGGGCGCCAUACAAUACAAUUUGGAAUUUUAGAUUAUUAUAGGACACAUUCUUUUUAUAGAAUGUUAAAAAACCGACACUCAGGUUAAAUGCUUUAAAAGGGCAGCAGCAUGGCAGAGACAAAAUCUAUCUCAUGAAGUAUGUUGCUGCAUGUUACAAGAUACAGGACGCAAGAUAUUUAUUGUCAUGUCAUUAAAAAGUUUUCAGCUCCAAAAAAUCUUUAAAAAAAAAAAAAAGCAAAAAGAAAAUGUAGAAAAAGUAGGAAAAACUAAAAAGUAAAAAAUAAACAGCAGGUUGAAAAAGAGAUGAAGAGAGAGGGAGGGGUGGUUCUUAUCUCUGACAUAUUACAAUAUUGUGAAAUAUUGUUGAAUGUUUCUAAAACGGAAGGCCAAAAACAUACAUGCAUAAAUGUGCCACCACUUUUACAUCUGUAAACCAUGUAUCUGUUCAUCAGUAUCAGUAUGAGAACUUGGAAUGCGUGUUUGUCAUUCCCAGUGUUCUAUGGCCCUGCUUUUCAACUUCAGCACCUAGAGGGCCAACUGGUGAAAACAUUUGGGCUGCACGUAAAAUAAGACAGCGCAAAAAAGUCCAGUGAACUACAUUUCCUUUUAAGUUAAUCGCUAGGCUGCAGGAUGUCUUAAAUAAACUGCAUCUGGCCCACAGGCCCCUAUUUGAAUACAAACCAAUUUGGAAAUAUUAGCCUAAUAAACUAGAUAAGUGCUUCUCAGCCUUCAUUUGAAGAAAUGUUCCCCCUCCUCAACCCAAUGUUCCCCCUCCUCAACCCAAUGUUCCCCCUCCUCAACCCAAUGUUCCCCCUCCUCAACCCAAUGUUCCCCCUCCUCAACCCAAUG